UUUAAUAUAUGCAGUGAUCUUUGAUGCACGAAUAAAUAUUACGAAUAUUACCUAUCAGUAUGGUUUUAGGAUUAUCUAUUUCCAGGCGGUACUCAAGGGUUGAAGAGAGCUCAUCAUUUAGUCAAAAGAGAUGUUUAGCGUGGUUCAGAGAAUAUACCAAUCCAGACGAUCCAGACACCUUGGGUCCGGAUGGGAUGGAAAAAUUUUGCGAGGAUAUAGGAGUAGAACCCGAGAAUGUGGUCAUGUUAGUGUUGGCAUACAAAAUGCAGGCCCGGCAAAUGGGCUUUUUCACUCAAGAAGAGUGGCUAAGAGGUCUCAGUCAACUCGAAUGUGACACAAUACAGAAACUGCAAAACAGACUGGACCAUUUACGUGGACUUCUCAAUGACCACAAUCAAUUCAAAGCUAUCUACAGAUAUGCAUUUGAUUUUGCACGAGAUAAAGACCAAAGGAGUAUGGAUAUUGAGACUGCAAAGGCCAUGCUACAGCUUUUACUGGGCAAGCACUGGCCCCUCUACACCCAGUUUAGUCAGUUCCUCGAUCAAUCAAAGUACAAAGUCAUUAACAAAGACCAAUGGUGUAAUAUUCUUGAAUUUUCCAAAACGAUCAGCAAUGACUUGUCGAAUUAUGACGUGGAUGGAGCCUGGCCGGUAAUGUUAGACGAAUUUGUCGAAUGGUUGAAGGCAUCCAGAGGCAAAUCGCCGGAAAUUAGUUGAAAUAUAAUUUAGUAAUUAAACAAUAUAAUAUCAUUAUCUACUUGUCUUUUGCAAGCAAAGAUUUUUCACCUUAAAAUGUUGCCAGUUUUUAAGUUAUUUUUUCCUCUCGCUCUUUAUUAUAGUUUUUUUUUACGAAAAGGACACCCAACAGAACGAUACUCAAAAUCGAAGCUAAUAGUAAUAAACUAUUACAAUAGUAAUAAGCUUUUCGAAAUCUGUAUCUUAAUAAUUUAUAUAAUGUAUAUUAUUUGCUAAGUGUAAACAGUGUAAUCGUUAUUAAGAAAUUAAAAGAAAAAUGGCAAAAUAGUACUAAAAUAUAAUCAUAUGACUAUUACUAUUAAUGUAAUUUGGAAUGUUUGUGUCCUUUUCUGUUAAUAUGUUUCUCUUACUCCCUUCCCCCUUAUUUUUCUCUACUAUUGUUCCACCAACUACUACCACUCGUAUUAUUUUAGGGAUAAACUGCCUGAAAUUAUUGCAAAUGUAUUUUUUCUAUAAAAUAUGUUUUAAUGUACAGAUUAUUUUAAUUUUAGUAAUAAAUUAAUUAUUUGCAGUA